AUGGGCGAUGCCCAGGUGCGGAGUGUGAAGCGGGCGCUGUGGUACUACGGCUACGGGAGGCGGCAGCUGUACGGGCUGCGCGGCGACGGCUCCGCGGGCAGCCGGGAGCUGCUGCUCGCCUUCUCCUGGCUGCUGCUCCGGCUGGCGCUGCCGGAGCGGCUGCUGGCGCGCCGCGGGGCGAGCGCCGCCGAUGAGGCCUCCGUGUGCACGUGUGAAGAUGAUCUACCUUGCAGCCAGGAGGACAGGACUGAAAUGGCACCUGAUUAUUCUCUGGAAGACCCAGUAGAUGUCCGGUAUCUUCAGUGGCUGAGUGGGAGGCUGAGGUUCCAGUGGCAGAGUCUGCAUGCUCUGCAUCAAGAGCAGUGCAAACUUCUGCAUAAGAUCCAUUUAUUCACUAGUGGCUGUCAUAUGGACAAGGUGCUUGGACAUCUUUCUGUCACAGAAACAGAUCUUGUUAGACAACCAGAGAACUACAAGCAGCUGCUGGAGUCGCUGGAGUCUGAAACAGUGCAGCUAGAAGCCUUUCUGGAGUGGAAGCAGCUGGAGCAAAUUUAUUGGCAGUGGAUGGAAGCUGUGUUGGAUGAUAUGUCUGAAGAGGGAAGUCUAUGCAAGUCCCAGGACGCUCAGCCAAAGGAAAAUCCGCUACCAAAGACAGGCUCCUGCAGCCACUGGGCUGGCAGCCUCGUGGGGAGAAUUGACAGAUUAUCCACAGACCUAACGAGUGUCCGUGACCAGCUGCAGGAGCUUGUAACUCACCGCAAGGCUGUGUGGUAUGAGAAGAUGAAAACAAGAGAGGAGGAACUACAGAAAGACGACUUCUGUGCUGCUGCUGCUACAAAGAUCCAGGAAGCCGUGCAGCUGAAGCUGCUCGAUAUUACAGACCGUUGUGCUCCAACAAAAAGGAGGAUGCACGGGUCAGGCAGACUGGUGUUCAGAAGCAAAGACUCUGCUGGCACAACAGGCUCUGGCAGAUCUGUGUCUAAGGAGCCUGUUCCAAGCGUGAGCGCUACAGAGGUGAUCAGAGAACUGCAGGUGAGAAAGGCCAGCCUGGAGAGAGAGCUGAAGCAGCUGCGGGACGAGUGCAGGCAGCGAAUGGAUGAAAUUGCCCAAGGGUUGGAUGGAGUCAUUUGUGUCUCCCCUUGAAGAGAUGAGGCUGGACUGAGAUAAGUAAAGGGCUGGAGUUAUUUGAUCAGAAGGCAUUUGCACAGCUUGGCAUGGGGGAGUGCGAGGUGAGGAACUGAGUGUAAUUUCUGAUUUUUAGCUUGGGAAUCAUAACCUGCUCUGGCUUUGUGACUUAUACUGGGGCCRUAACCUCGGUGGUUCUCUCUGCAGCCCUUUUAUUGCAAGCCUUGCCAAUUAAAUUCUGCAGCAGGCCGUAGUGGGAGUGUGCUUAAAUCUCUCUUUUAUCUCUUAGAUUUCUAGUUCUUCUGCCAAGCACGGGGCUCUUUUACAGUGCUCAGCUGCUGCACGGCAUACUUGGAGGCUGCAGAUUGAAGCACUAAUUGCGUUCAACGUUUUUCAGCAAGUGGAAGUGUUCAUUAGUCAGAAAAAUCCAGGUAUUGGAAAACAUGUUAAAGCACUGGGGCUGAGAGACAUUGGAAAUGUUCAAGAAAGUGUGCUACUUAAUUCAGCUCGUUUGCAUAUUUGUGGCAGCUAUUAUGCAGCCUCCAUAAGGAAAAACAAAUGUCUAAUAAUAAAUAAAGCAGCGCGGUGGUUUCAUUCACCGCCGUGAUGCACUUGAAGUGAUUGGAUUCUCGGAGAGAACAAACUGGAAACCCAUUCYGCUGAGUUAUGAAUUACACUGAGAUAACUUAUGGGUCUUCUCUAGGAGGUUUUUGUGGAAUAGAAACGUGGCCUUAAAUUCCAAGCCUGAAGAGGCUACAGCCUCUAUGAGUCUCCAUCCUC